AUGACUACGCAAGCGGUUACUUCUAUUCUAGACACUGAUCUUUACAAACUGACCAUGCUACAAGCUGUGUUGGAACAUUAUCCAACAGCUGAGGUUUCUUAUGUAUAUACAAAUCGUUCUCCUGAAAUGGCAUUAAACGAGGAAGCAGUAGCAUGGUUAAAAGACGGAAUUUCGAACUUGAGAAAUCUCACGCUACUUCCGGAAGAAGAGGCUCGGCUUCGUCAACGAUGCCCGUAUUUAAAGGAGUCCUUUUACGAAUUUAUGCAUUCCUACGCAUUUGAUCCAGAAAAUGUUGUUUUCCUUGAGUAUAAUAAAGAUACCAAGGACCUUGCUAUUACGAUUAAAGGGCUUUGGAAAAACACUAUAUUUUACGAAAUUCCAUUGCUUGCUCUUGUUUCAGAGGCCUAUUUCAAGUUCGUUGACAAAGAUUGGUCAUCUGAAGGGCAAUUCGAAAAAGCUUACGAGAAAGGAAAGCGCCUCAUAAAUGCUGGAUGUUACUUUACAGACUUUGGCAGCCGUCGUCGUCGUGAUCACCAUGCCCAAGAUGUUAUGUUGCAAGGAUUAAUUAAGGCUCAGCAAGAUGUUAAAGGACCUGGUCGUUUCCUUGGAACUUCAAAUGUGCACUUUGCUCAAAAAUAUGACCUGGAGGUGUCUGGUACCGUCGCCCACGAGUGGUAUAUGGGUGUUGCUGCUAUUACGAAAAAUUAUGCAGACGCUAAUCGGAUUGCUUCAGAGAAAUGGGUACAAACAUUUGGUAAGAGCCUCUUGAUUGCUCUCACUGAUACCUUUUCUACCGAUGUGUUCUUGCGUAACUUCACGGCAAAUACUCCUGAUGAUUUAGCCUGCGUCUUUCACGGUGUUCGACAGGAUAGUGGAGUCGCUGAAGAAUACAUUGAAAAGAUCGUUGACCAUUACCAAUCACUCGGCGUUGAUCCUUCUACGAAAAUGAUAGUUCAUAGUGAUGCUUUGAACGUUGAUCGUUGCAUCUGUUUGCACAAUUACGGCAAGAAGUUUGGUAUCAAAUCUUCGUUUGGAAUUGGUACGAAUUUUACCAGCGAUUUUGAUCACGUAUCAAAGCCAGGCCAAAAGAGCAAGGCUAUGAAUAUUGUGAUCAAAUUACACACUGCCAAUGGAGCCAAGGCUGUCAAAAUCAGUGACGAUAUCAUGAAAAAUACUGGUGAGAAAGAUGCUGUUGUAGAAGUUAAAACGCAACUUGGCCUUCCUCUGAAGUAA